GAUGGUGGCGGUGGCGUGGGCCGUGGUGGGAGGUCCUCGCACUUUACACUUCUUCUUCGCCCAGCUGGCUGAACUGGCACGAGACCCCGAGGACCCCAUGAGGCUAGGGGACGACUUCCUUUUCACCCUGGCGUUGAGGAGUCUAGUGGACCCCGGCCACCAUGCCCGACACAACCUUCCUCACGACUUCUUCCUUCGUCGGGAGAACCAGAUGGUGUAUGAGGAGCUGGUGGACUACUUGUUACAACAGACGCCCCCACCGGUGUCAGGAGUGGCGGCGCUGCUGGAGGGGCUGAAGCAGGUGUCGCCGCAGUUGUAUGAGCGACUUCUGCGCAAGUGUGGUCCCUACCUCUCCCCCGAGGCCGCCUGCGACCGAGGGGACCACGCCGAGGCUGUGAGGUUGCUGCGGGGUGUGGCUGGGUUUACUUGUCGGCCUCAGGACUACGUGGCAUCUCUCAGGUCCUGCUUCGCCAACGAUAAUGUGGAUGUAUUGGUCGCUGCCAUGGACACCCUCGCCUGCAUCGACUGUAGCGUUCAGGGCGUGACGGAACUACAGAAGCUGGGUCUGAAUAGUCCCUCGGACCCCGAAAUCCGCAUCGCUGCCUACCGGGGCCUCGUCCACUGUAUCCCCGUACAGCCCCAACUACUGAACACCGUCGCCAAGGCUCUCAACUCUGAAGAUGUCGACUAUUCUCCUCAAGUUGCGUCGUAUGUGUGGAGUCACGUGCAGUCCGUGUUGUCAUCAGACGACCCCACCCUGAUGAACCUGCGUGACUUGCUGACCACCGCCGACAUUUCUCAGGUGCCGGACCCGGUGUGGUAUGACCCAAGACAACACUCACGACACAUGGCCCGCACGGUGCACCUGGACGCCCGCACAGCCCUCACCCUGGCUGGGGACUUAGUGUGGGGCAGGUACUCCCCCGCACCCAGGGCUCUCUACCUCAACCUCGCCCUCCACCACGACGGACACACUCACCAGAUGGCGCAGGUGGUGGUGCGGGUGACGGGGCUGGAGGCGAUGUUGUUGAGUAUCCCCGGGGUGGAGCAUCUGAUGGAGGCCUCCACCGUCGCUGCCGCAAACCUCUGGUCCACCUUGACGCGCCUCGCCCGUCCCUCCCUCAGGAACAAGAGGGAGAUCUCCCACGACCAGAUCGUUGAGUUCAUCCAGCAGGUCAUGUCGAGGAUCCCUGUCGGGUACCGUAUGGGGUCGUCCAGUCUGGAGGUGUCGCUACGCCUGCUGGGGACCCACGCCCUCCACGUCCGCCUCGCCAACUUCCGCUACUCCUCCCCCUUCAGCGCCCUCGCUGACAUGCUCCAGCCGCCUCUCCAUGCUGCGUUGGCGGUCUUUGCCCCGCUCUUGGACAACACCCUCACCAUGGUCACCUCCUCAGGGGUGCCAGUUGCCCUCCGCCUGACUGGCGUCGGGGGCCUCCAGACGCUGGCAAACCACAACACUCGGCAGAACGGCGGCAUCUUCAACCUCAUGGCCAGCGGCGGAAUGUGGGUGGGGGCGCGGCUGGAGGUGGGGCAGCAGCGUGACGCAGCCCUCAACUCCCAUCUCCUGUGGUCCUCAGACGUCCCCAUCAACGCCGACUACGAGUAUGAGGGUGAAGCGAUCCAGGUGAGCUUCCGUGUCCCUGAUGACUGGACGGGUCUACUGUGGCAGCGACGACGUGAUACUUCCAUAGUAGACAACACUCUUGAGCUGAGAGUGACUCAAGACUGCCUGGGUUCUGGGGGACCUGUUGAGCUGUGCCUGGAAACCUGCACCAGCGAGAAUGAGGCGUUAGGAGGAUCUGUCAGAGGCCCCGACGGCUGGCUGGCAUCUUACGCCCACUCCGUCACCUUACAUUUACCUCCUGGCGAACCUAUCAUCAUUACUACCUCCAACCCUAACAGUACGUGUCUUAUUAUCAUUAUUUCACCAGUUAUCAGCAUACAGUACUAGCC